UGGGGCGCCGCAUGGACGCGCCCGCCAGCGCCGCGGCCGUGCGCGCCUUCCUGGAGCGCGGUCACACCGAGCUGGACACGGCCUUCAUGUACAGCGACGGCCAGUCCGAGAGCAUCGUGGGCGGUCUGGGGCUCGGGCUGGGCGGCGGCGACUGCAGAGUAAAAAUUGCUACCAAGGCCAACCCUUGGGAUGGAAAGUCCCUGAAACCUGACAGUCUCCGGUCCCAGCUGGAGACAUCACUGAAGCGGCUGCAGUGCCCCCGAGUGGACCUCUUCUACCUACAUGCACCGGACCAUGGCACCCCAGUGGAAGAGACGCUACGCGCCUGCCACCAGCUGCACCAAGAGGGCAAGUUCCUAGAGCUUGGCCUCUCCAACUAUGCUGCAUGGGAGGUGGCCCAGAUCUGUACCCUCUGCAACAGCAAUGGCUGGAUCCUGCCGACCGUGUACCAGGGCAUGUACAACGCCACCACCCGGCAGGUAGAAACGGAGCUCUUCCCCUGCCUCAGGCACUUUGGACUGAAGUUCUAUGCUUACAACCCUUUGGCUGGGGGCCUGCUGACAGGCAAGUACAAGUAUGAAGACAAGGACGGGAGACAACCCGUGGGCCGCUUCUUUGGAAAUAGCUGGGCUGAGACCUACAGAAAUCGCUUUUGGAAGGAGCACCACUUCAAGGCCAUUGCCCUGGUGGAGAAGGCCCUGCAGGCCACAUAUGGUGCCAGCGCCCCCAGCAUGACCUCAGCCGCCCUCCGGUGGAUGUACCAUCACUCGCAGCUACAGGGUGCCCACAGGGAUGCAGUCAUUCUGGGCAUGUCCAGCCAGGAGCAGCUGGAACAGAACUUGGCAGCGACAGAAGAAGGGCCUCUGGAGCCGGCUGUCGUGGAUGCUUUUGAUCAAGCCUGGCACCUGGUGGCCCACGAAUGUCCCAACUACUUCCGCUAGGCCCCCUCGUGGAUCAGGCUGCCCGAGGCUUUUCUGUUGCCUUUUAUGUUCUCUCACCCUGGCAAAGUCUUAAGCUGACUUGGCAGGGUCUUUCUGGAUUGUCUGAAUCCAAUAGUUCUUUUUCUAGAUUCCGGCCUUGCUUCCUGUUGCAAAGGUUGGGGUGAUCCUCCUUGGACAUUUCCUGUAUGAAUAAAAUGGGUAUUUGACCUGACAGUAGCCCAGGCCUGGAGUGAACCCCA